UGAGGGUUUCCAGGGGAAAUCUGAUAGGGUAACGAUUCACAAUCGUCACAUCGCGAAGUUUCCGACUUCCCACUUCAAUUUCGAAAAGAGUCCUGACGAAUUACACCGCGAUAUGACAUCAAAAGAGCAUUUCGCUGAGCAAUCAAAAAAUUGGCCGACCCAGUAAGUCUUUCUCUCGGAGAAAUGAACGGUCAGUCAAAAAUAUCGCUUGCUUGCGACUCGGUGGCAAUAUUCUCCGAUAAUAUUGGGAGCUGAUCCCGAAGAGGUUAAUAUCUAAUCGACGGCUCCAACCUCGACGUUCUAAUCGAUUAAUAAUCGCCACGAAGUCGGCAGUCAUCGUUUAAAACUGGGUCGUAAAAAGUGCUAUCGAGUCGAGGGAAUCGGAGUAAAAAAUAUCGACCUGCAGGCCUUUAGAAAUUGAAGAAAAAAAAAAAUUGAAAUGGCUGAAGACGUCCUAGAGAAGCUGAGGAACAUCAAUGGAGUUUCGGAGGACCUGCAGAAAAAGAUCCUCGAGAUGGUGCAGAAAUAUCGCCAGCUUGACGAGGAGGGGAAAAAGGACUUUAACGAGGAAGCAAGAGACGCCUUCAGGAAGUCUUUGAGUCAGAUUUCGAGGGACCUUGUGAAGAAUUCGACACUGGCAAUGCUUUAUCAAUCUCAUGCCCUUAUUAUAAUCGCCGCUCUGGUUAUAGUUUUUAUAUUCGUAUUCUUCGGCUACAAGCUGUACAGGAGUCUGUCCGAGAGGGAAAGGAAACGCGAGGAGAAGAAGCGAAACAAGCAAAUGAAGAAGAAAAAGUAGCGAAGCCAAUUGUCAAUUGCCAAUUGGUCAAUUUUGACAUUGUCAUAAAUGGGGUUGCGAUAAGGAAGGCUUCGCAAUUUCGGGGGGUUUCAAGACUCGCAUUUUUGGGGGCAGAAAGUUCCGUUCAGGGUCAUGGAUCAUUGUUGAUCGAAGACCUGCAUAUUUUUAAGUUACAAGAAAGCAUUUAUCCCCUGAGAGUAUUUUGUUUACCGCCGCGGUUUAAUGUAUUUUCGAAAAUAAAUAUUCCUAUUUAUGGAUACGAUUUCAGACAUUUCAUGAAUUGAUCACGUUUCAUAUUUAGAUUUAUAAACGACAUACUCUGGCCCAAAAUUACGAAAGAGACGGUGAAAACUUUAAAAAUGACAUGACGCGAGGAGAAGAAGCGAAACAAGCAAAUGAACAAGAAACAGUAGCGAAGCCUCUCAUUACGCUCAAUUUUGACAUUAUCAUAAAUGAGUUUGUGACAAGGAAGACUUCGCAAUUUCGGGGGGUUUCAAGACUCGCAUUUUUGAGGGCACAAAGUUCCGUUCAGUUAUGGAUCAUUGUUCAUCGAAGACCUGCAUAUUUAUAAGUUACAAGAGAGCAAUUAUUCCCUGAGAAUACUUUGUUAACCGCCGUAGUUUAAUGUAUUUUCGAAAAUAAAUCUUCCUAUUUAUGGAUACGAUUUCAGACGUUUCGUGAAUCGCUCAAGCUUCAUAUUCAGAUUUAUUUUCA